UCCAGGUGCCGGGAGGGGGCCGAGGCAAGCGCUGCUGCGGGGAGAGCAGGCCGGGCCAUGACCCCCGCGGUCCGCGGCUGCAGGCGUGUCGCCUGGUAUCCCGCACGGCCAUCAGCGUCCGCGCCCAGCGCGCCCCAAAAAGCGGCCUGCAGAGGAGACGACGCCAUGGGGCUGAAGCCCUCCUGUCUGAAAGGCUUUAAGAUGUGUGUCAGCAGCAGCAGCAACAACAACAAUGGCGACAACCAUGAUGAGGCCCCUGUGCUGAACAACAAGCACCUGAGUGUCCCCAACAUCAUCAUUACACCCCCAACCCCGACGGGCAUGGGGCUUCCCAGGGACUCCAAGCAUGCAGUCUGGAUGGAUGAGGUCAUGUCCUAUCAAGAUGACGGAGAGUUGGACCCUGAAGCCUGAGAAGUCACCAGGUGGUAGGACCUGUGUGGCAGCUUCCUGCCUCACUGCCCCUUGCCCCAGGUGUUGGGGACAUGGCUACCGGAGCAGCUUCAUGAGGACAGUGAAUUGGGCCCUGGACCGGGACAGGAGCGGCCAGAGGAACACAGCAGGGCUCGGGCCCCAGUGGAGCAGACAUCUGUUACCUCCAUGUUCUCGCCAACCCAGACCCCAGUUUGGUGAAGAGGAGGUGACCCUGCCCUACAGCCGCUGUGACCACGGACCCUGGCCCUCAAGGUCACAGCACACAAGGACUUCUCGCCAGAGCAGAGCCUCUGUUUUUUACAAGUUGUUUUACAGGUACAGAACCCACGUCCUGAGCGAGAUUUAUAAAAUA